AUGAUUUCAACAUCAUUAAAAUUAAGUGAUAAAGAGAAAAGUAGGAGUGAUCCAAGUAAGCUGGAUAGAGUUAGAUCUCUACAUAGAAGAUUUUCUGCAAAGUUUGUAAGAAAAAUGGCAUCUUCAGAAUUAUCAAAGACAGAUAAGGAGGCUAAAGCACAAAUGAAAAUUGGACCAUACAUUUUACAUGAAACAUUAGGUGUUGGUACUUUUGGAAAAGUUAAAUUGGCCAUAUAUGAAGGAACAAAUCAAAAAGUUGCUGUUAAAAUAUUAAAUCGUGAAAAAAUUAUUAAUCUUGAUGUUGUUGGAAAAAUUAGAAGAGAAAUUCAAAAUAUGCAAAUGUUUAGACAUCCUCAUAUUAUUAAAUUAUAUCAAGUUAUAAGUACCCCUACAGAUAUUUUUAUGUUUAUGGAGUAUGUUUCAGGAGGUGAAUUAUUUGACUAUAUUGUUAAACAUGGACGUUUAAAAACUAGUGAAAGUAGAAGAUUUUUUCAACAGAUAAUUUCUGGUGUUGAUUAUUGUCAUCGUCAUAUGGUUGUUCAUCGAGAUUUAAAACCAGAAAAUUUGCUUCUUGAUGAUAGAUUAAAUGUUAAAAUUGCUGAUUUUGGUUUAUCAAAUAUUAUGAUUGAUGGUGAUUUCUUGAGAACUUCUUGUGGUUCACCAAAUUAUGCUGCACCUGAAGUUAUUUCAGGAAAAUUAUAUUGUGGACCAGAAACAGAUGUAUGGAGUAGUGGUGUUAUUUUGUAUGCUUUGUUGUGUGGAACACUUCCUUUUGAUGAUGAGCAUGUUCCAACAUUAUUUAAAAAAAUAAAAUCUGGAAUGUUUCCAAUACCGGAUUAUCUUGACAAAAGUGUUGUUAAACUUUUAUUACACAUGCUACAAACUGAUCCAAUGAAACGUGCCACAAUUAAAGAUAUAAUAAAUCAUGAAUGGUUUCAAAAGGAUCUUCCACCUUAUCUUUUCCCACCAACUAAUGAAAGUGAUGCUUCUAUUGUUGAUAUUGAUGCAUUAAGAGAAGUUUGUGAAAAAUAUAGUGUUAAGGAGGAAGAUGUUACAACAGCUCUACUUUCUGAUGAUCCACAUAAUCAAUUAAGUAUUGCUUACAAUCUUUUUGUUGAUAAUAAAAAUAUCGAAAGAAAUGCUGAUCGUUUUUCAAAAUUAGCUAUGGAAGAUUACUAUCAACCACCAAUAGGUAAAAGUUUACAAUCUCAUGAUCAAAGACAAAAAUUUCAUCCAGAAAGAAUGCCGAAUCAAAAUAGAAUUUCUUCAACUCUUGAAAAUUUAUCAACAUCACCAACUGUCAGUCCAGGUGUACUUUCACAAAAAAGUCCAAAUGUAAAAAGAGCUAAAUGGCAUUUAGGUAUAAGAAGUCAAUCAAAACCUGAUGAAAUUAUGUCAGAGGUAUUUAAAGCCAUGAAAUCAUUAAAUUUUGAAUGGAAACUUUUAAAUCCUUUUCAUGUUAUAGUAAGAAAAAAGCCUAGUGAUCCAUCUGCUGAUAUGCCUAAACUAAGUCUUCAACUUUAUCAAGUCGACAAUAAAUCAUACCUUUUAGAUUUCAAAAGUCUUGUAGAAGAAGAAACUCCUGAUGGUAGUGGACCCUCCUCCCGACAUACUUCAAUUUCAAUGCAAAUGAAACCAUCAUUUCGUGUAUCACGUUCCUCAUCAAUAUCUCAAAAUAUUAGUCCUGAUACUAUGGAACCAACUCCACCACCAUCUCCACAUGUUGGUGUAAAACAAUCACAGACAAUGUUGUUUUUUGAAAUGUGUGCUUCAUUAAUUGAAACAUUAGCCAGAUAA